CAUUACUUUUUUGACAUGAACUGCUUUGGAUGUUACACGUCCGUGGUGAGCGCCAGCACCAACAAUCUGAGCAAGGAUGGCGGCAGUGCUAGCGACCCUUGGUGGCUGGACGACGAAGACUCUCCCAUACCCUUCGACGCGAGCGAAGGUGGUCUGUGGUCAGGCAAUUUUUUACCGCCUCCUCCACGACCAGUAUUCCUGGACGAAGCUGCCACCCCCGACGGUCUAACAACUUGUGAUCUUUGUUCUUGGGCUUGGAAAAACGGCGGCAGCAGUGGCGGGUCUUUUUCCGUUGAUACUGUGAUAGUUUUCAGAAUAAAAAAUUCUGGAUCUGCUGACUCUGAAGAAGGCCAUCCUUCACUUCGUUUGACCUUUCGUACGUGUAUGCGUCCCCCUAUCAGUCCUCCUACUGAUAAGGAAAUAAGUAUAAUUACACCCCCAACGUUCCCAAACCCACCCGUAUCCAGCAGUCACAAUUCCGCCAACGGAGUAUGGUCGUGGUUAUCCAGAAGACCUUGCACCGAACCGUCUCAGUUGGAGCCCCCAUUAUCAUCCCGUCGGGAGAAUCACUACACCCACAUGGAGGAACCCUACAACAGCGUCACCGAAGGGAUAUACGCUGAGGUUGAUAGGGACAGUGCCACAGACAGGGACAGUAACAGUCCCGCAUACCAAAAUUCGGCAUAUACCGAUCCCGAUGCUCCCAGUGCUCCAAGUAGUGCGUAUUAUUCGGACUUGUCAAUAACCCCCGUGCCAGAAAGGGCUUACGAAAUAGUGGGUUUAGUAACUAUGCCCACAUGGGACGCUAGCAGUAGCAACAACAAUAACAAUUGCGGUGAAACAAGUGCAACCAGAAGGCCUACUGCCAGACUGGCAGUUAUCAGUGAAAACAGUACUGUACCAUCGGACUAUGUUUAAUAUUCUAAUCAAAUAAAAAACAGAAUACGCCAACUAAUUUUUUUCCUAUAGUUUUGCAAAAACAAAAACUUUUAUCUUUUCUCUCACCUGUAAAUCUUGUUAAAGUACUUACCUGCAUGUUAUCAAAAAAUAAACCAAUUAAAAAUAAAUUGUCUGAUGGUAAUUAAGUAUUAUUAAAAAGGGGAGCUGAAA